AAAAUGGGGAGGGGGCAACAAUUUAAAAAAAAAUAAAAAUUUAGUUAAUAUUAUUAUUAAUCGUUUUAUGAUUCCUACAUUAUCAGUUCCCUCUAUGUUGAUAACGUGCUGUUCAAACUCAUGCUCUUGGCCUUCACACGGUCACGUGGUGUCGACGCACUCCAAUUAUACAGAAACUCCUUGGGGAAGUAAGGGCUCCCAAACUUUCUGGGAGGAGUCUUGUGUUUUCUUUUUUCUUUCCUUUUUUCCCCCCCAGCAACAGGCUGACACGUGAAACUUUCCUGCGAAGUCGCCUGGUAUGUGUGGUUGUGAGGAGCUCCGUUAGCUCUGUAGACGGACAGAGCAGUGGAUCAGGACGCUCCUCCUGCUUCUUUUUAGAAGUCGCUCCAAUGGAAGGAGCCUGAAGAAACGCAGCAGCCCUGCCAGGAUGUGUUCGCACGACGCUGCUGAGAAGUGACGGAAUAAAAAAAAAAAAAAGUCAAGAAAGUGCCUUUUUUUUCUCCUUUCUUUUUUUUUCUUCUCUUUGUCAACUUUGCCUGAAUUCGCAGUGGCCCCUUGGAGAAGUUUCCACGCAGCGCCAUGGCUGCUCAGUGCGACGCUUUGACUGGAUACUUGCAGCAGUCCGACCAGGGCUCCAAUAGCGAGCGGAGCACCGACUCUCCUCUUCCCGGCUCAGAGGAGGACUUGAGCGGCCCCCUUCCGCCGCCAGACCCGGAGUGGACCGAGGAGAGGUUCCGCGUGGACCGCAAGAAGCUGGAAGUCAUGUUGUUAGCUGCCUCUGAGGGGAGAGUUAACGGCGGGGAGGAUUUCUUUCAGAAGAUCAUGGAUGAAACCCAAACACAGAUAGCCUGGCCGUCCAAGCUGAAAAUUGGAGCCAAGUCUAAAAAAGAUCCUCACAUCAAGGUGUGUGGGAAGAGGGACAGCGUCCGCGAGGCUAAAGACAGAAUCAUGUCCGUCCUUGACACAAAGAGUAACAGGGUGACUCUGAAGAUGGACGUCUCCCACACAGAGCACUCCCACGUUAUUGGCAAAGGGGGCAACAACAUCAAGAGGGUGAUGGAGGAGACGGGGUGCCACAUUCAUUUUCCAGACUCUAACAGGAACAACCAGGCAGAGAAAAGCAACCAGGUGUCCAUCGCAGGGCAGCCAGGAGGGGUGGAGGCAGCUCGUGUAAAAAUAAGGGAGCUGCUGCCACUCGUGCUGUCUUUCGAGCUUCCAGCCAUCAUGCAGGCUGACCCCAGCUCGCCUGCCGUGCAGCACAUCUCUCAGACGUACAACCUCACAGUUUCCUUCAAGCCCCCGACACGCCUCUACAGGGCCACAGGUGUUGUUCGAGGCUCGCAGAAUAACGCCAGCGCAGUAAAGAGAGGCACAGCGCUGUUGUUGGAGCACCUGGCUGGAAGCCUGGCGAGCACCAUUUCUGUCACCACCCACCUGGACAUCGCACCGCAACACCACCUUUUCAUGAAGGGACGCAAUGGCAGCAACAUCAAGCACAUCACCCAAAGAACAGGAGYGCAGAUCCACUUUCCCGACCCAAAYGGCCCUCAGAAAAAAUCCACCGUCUACAUUCAGGGGACCAUCGAGUCGGUCUGCCUCGCACGGCAGUAUCUCAUGGGUUGCUUGCCUCUAGUUUUAAUGUUUGAUAUCAAAGAGGAUGUUGAGGUGGAGCCACAGUGCAUCACAGCACUGAUGGAGCAGCUGGAUGUCUUCAUCAGUAUCAAACCAAAGCCAAAGCAGCCCAGCAAGUCGGUGAUCGUGAAGAGCGUGGAGAGGAAUGCGGUCAACAUGUACGAAGCUCGAAAAUUCCUCCUGGGUCUCGAGAGCAACGGCGUGUCAUCUUCCUCGCCCUCCAUGGUCCUCAAUCCCCCCACUAAUGGCCUAUCCCCUUCCCUUAUUUGCCCUGUUGGCCUGGACAUCCUGGCCUCAGCUGGCCUGGGGCUGAGUAAUCUGGGUUUCCUGGGUGCAACGGCACCCCACUCCCUCCCAAAUUCGGCUGGCCCAAAUGCUCUCCUGAACAACUUAAACUCGACUCUGAGCCCUCUGCCAACACCGAGUCCCAGCACCCCAGCGCCACCCCCCUCCCUCUGGCCCAGCUCGCUCACCACCACCCAAAGCUUCUCCUCUCAGCUGAUGCUGCAUCCUGCCGCUCAGGCCACUCUGAGCARCCUCCUGCGAUCAGGCGUGCAGGGUUACACACACAGCACGCCGUCCCCUCCACCCGGCCUUGCCCCCAUCGACAAGCAGCCAAACGGCGUCCCUGACUGCACUCUGAACGGACACGUCAAGCAUCCCGGCUACGCGAGGUUAGCAACAACGGCGCUCGCAGAAACUGUUCUGAGUCCAGCUCCGUGUGACUCRGCCCAAGAGGCGAGCGGACGCAAUCCAUCAGAACCGCUGUCGAGCAAAUCUAACCCAGACGAAGGUUCCGAUACAUUUGUCGAAGUGGGCAUGCCAAGAAGCCCCUCUCACUCAGCGAACGGCAAUGAGCUGAAACAGAUGCUGGCUUCCUGUAAGACGUCAUCGGGCAAACGGCAGGCCGUGGAGCUCCUGCAGGGCACCAAGAACUCCCAUCUACAGUAUGUUUCAAUCUCCGACUGCCUCCUGUCGGAUGCUGAGUCCAGCUCCUCGGACAGUCCUGUGGCGGAUAAGAGGGCACCGGGGAGCGAGCGGGCCGCCGAACGGGCAGCUCAGCAAAACGAGAGGGAGAGAAUCAGACUGGCACCGCAGACUUCCUUUGCUAGCAUGCAGGCAUUUGACUACGAACACAAAAAGCUGUUGGCAACCAAAGCGAUGUUAAAGAAGCCCGUGGUGACGGAGGUAAGGACCCCCACCAAUACGUGGAGUGGUCUAGGCUUUUCGAAGUCCAUGCCAGCCGAGACGAUCAAGGAACUCCGGAGAGCCAAUCACGUCCCGUAUAAACCCAGCAUGACCACCACGUAUGAGGACUCCCCGCUGUCCCUGUCUCGAUCUGGCAGCCGGGAAGGUGUUGGGAAUGGCAGCGACUCUGAUAACUGGAGGGACAGGAACGGCACUGGAAACGGCCUGCCGAACCACGCCGAGUUCACCUCAGCUGUYAGCAGUCCGAAAAGGAAACAGAACAAGUCUGCUGCAGAGCAUUACCUCAGCAGCAGUAAUUACAUGGACUCGAUUUCUUCAGCGACGGGCAGCAAUGGCUGCAACCUGAAUUCAUCCCUGAAAGGAUCCGAUCUGCCUGAGCUCUUCAGCAAGCUCGGUUUGGGGAAGUACACAGAUGUCUUCCAGCAACAAGAGAUUGACCUCCAGACAUUCCUGACUCUAACAGACCAGGACCUGAAGGAACUAGGAAUCACCACUUUUGGUGCCCGCAGGAAAAUGCUGCUUGCCAUUUCAGAACUAAACAAGAACCGCAGGAAGCUAUUUGAGCCACCCAUCAGGUCCUCCUUCCUGGAGGGGGGAGCGAGUGGACGGCUCUCCCGRCAGUUUCACGCCGACGUGGCCAGCAUCAGCGGGCGUUGGUAGGCCUUAAACCCGUCCAAGAAGACCGGCCUCCUUUGCCUUGGUGCCCAAGUUUCAGCAGUCAUUUAUUGUUUUUUCUUSUUGUUGUUGUUGUUGUUUUAGCUUUAGCUGAAUCAAGACUGUUCAGUGUUGCAUUUUUUUAUGUUUUUAUGUAAAGCCAUAGUUUUACCUGAAGUGCCAACUCAAAAAAAGGGAUUUCUCAGAGAUGCAAAGUUCAGUGUUCACUCCUUAUAUAUGGAUAGUGUUACGCCUCUGAAGAAGGAUACUGUCCAGUAUUUCUCUCCACUUUUUGUUUAAGGGAACAGGCAGAAUGAUUAGUACAAUCAUUUUUACAGAUUGAUACUACCUGCAUUGAAUUAUGCUUUUGUAUCAGUGACAUGCACUUUAUUACUAGAUUUAUGCCUGUGAGAAGUCUACUCCGAAGACUGAAGUAAUAAUAUCUCUACCUUUUUUUUUAUUAAUAUUAUUAAGAAAAAGCACAGAUGCAUUUUGUACCAAACUUAAAACGAGCACUUAGCCGUUGAGAUUAGGACGCCACAUAAAUGGAGUGCCAAACAAAAAUUAAAUUAAAUAGGCCAGCACACCAAAAGUGGUGACUUGAUCAAAUUUAAUAAUGAUAAAAAACCAAAGGAAAGUAUUGUGGCCUUUGACCUUUGGCUGCCUUCAGUGUAUCGAUUGGUUGACAUUCCUUCGAGGUCAUAGUCUAAGAGCAGUUUGUCUGUGUAUAUGGAGAAAAACAACCAAAAAAAUAAUAAUUAAAUAUAUUGUACUCCUUAUGAUUUUAUGUUUAGUUUUUAUUACCAUUUUAGGUGAAUGAGUGGAAUGUUUAUUGGUAAUCAGUUUACAUGUGUAUUUUUAUAUGUUCAUUACAUUUUGGUUCUUUUUUUUGUAAUUGUUUUGUUAGCAUCUUUAUUUUUUUUGUCGUCCUGUGUGUGGAGUUAUGAUGUGGCUGUGCCAUAGCAGCAGCAGUCAAACUGUGAGGCAGUUUAGCCUUACAGGCCUCUCUCUUGAUUGUAUCAUCAACUUUCUGUAUUUUACUUUCUGUACAUAGUGUAUUGGGUUUUUGUCUUAUCAGUGUUUGUCAGUAAUGUGCCUUAAAUCUCCCAACUUGCUCUUGCCUGUGUCUGGAAUGUGAGAUGGCACGCCAAGAAUUAAGCGCCAUUUUUUUUUCUUUCCUUCCCUCCAUUAACUUGUUUUAUUUCAAGAAAGGAAAGACCUUUUGUAGCAUCAAGUGCCAAUAUACAUAACUCGUUUUUCAGCAGCAAGGGAUUUUGCUAAGUAAGGACGCAAAUGUUUUUGUCUGACCUUUCUCUCGUGUGCCACACAAAGAACUAAUAUGUUCGCAGAUAAUAUGACCUUAUUUGAGAAUUUCUGAAAUGCAGAAUAAGUUUCCAAAAAAAUGACUAGAAGAUUUUGGGGGGAAAAAAACGAACAGAAAUCUUGAGUUUCUGAUUAUCAGCCUCACAAUCKAAUAUGUCAAAAAAUCCUAGUUAAGCUGUGUUUGAUGAAGUUAAAGAUAAAACAUGCGACAGUGUUGAUCACAAGAGCUGUUCUUCUGUAUCGUUCUGUAAAACGUUCAGUCUCGUGCUUUAAGCAUCCUUUCCCAGCAUUUCAGUAACUGAGAACCUUUUUUCUUUGAAAAUGUUUGUGAUUUAGUCUACAAGCUAAAACAAUCAUUUUGAGUACUUCCAAGUGCAAUKAAGUCUUUGUCGAAUUAAUUUUGUUUAUAUUUGCCGUACAAUAAGUGUAAAAAGCAAAGACGAAGGAAUUUAUUUGUUUAAAGGAAGAACAGUUUUAUAAAGUUGUUUUGAGUGAGUAAAGGCCAAUUUAUUGCUGCAAAUUUAAUUUUAAACAGAAUAAGAUCUGUUCUUGCAUCAGCUCAAACAGAAGGGAAUUGUUGGUCUAUAUGCUCCGAUUUACAAUUAGUUUUUUCUUCUUUUUUUUUUUACAGUUCUUUGCAUCUUGACUUCAACCAUACUUAAUGUGGUUGUCGGGUUAGUAACUGCUAAAAACGUUCUGAUGCAGAUGGGGUUUUUUUUUUUCUUUUUUUUUUUGGUUUUGGUUUUACGUUGAAGUCUUCAAGGCAUGAUGAUGAGGCUUAGAGCACAUUUGAAGUGGGCAUCUUUAUUGUAAAAGAAAACCUGGGGCCUAUUGGCCCAUACUCCAUCAUGGUACUAUUCAAACUCCUGAGCACUGCUCUCUCCUCAGUGCUGUGACUUGUGCUGCUGCCUAGCAGACAUUUGUUUUUCUUCCUCCACGUUGUUCGGAUGUGCUUGCUCGCAGGGCGGCUGAGGUUAUUGACUUAUCAGGUGAAUGUUCAGAAAAUUAUGAAUAUGCUUUAUUGUGGCUUGAACUCGGAUUAAUGAAGGGAUUCAACAAGUCAGCCUGUCACAUCUUUGCCCAGAUGUUUCUCAAUUAUGUCUUUGUUGUGUUGUAUUAGAUGUUCAUAAAUGGAAGAUUUUGAGGAAUUUUGUACUGCAGUCAAAUGGUACAUUUACAGUAAAUGUAAACCACUACAAAACUGUGUAUUGUGUAUUGCUUUUUCUUCUUAUACAAUCCUUAUGUUUUAAAAAAAGAUACAAAUCUGUGCAAUGUUCCAGAUAAGAAUUUGUAUAAAAUAUUGCCAUGUGGCCAAAGUUCA